GCUGACAGGUUUAAGAUCAUAGGGUUUGCAGCCAACAAAAGUAACGGUAGUUUCUUCCCUUGAUUCCGUUUCUGACCAAAUCGAAGUUCAGUCCACUCUUCCCGCCGUCACCAAGUUUACGCAUGACAUCCAAUAGAAUAACUCCACGUCACCAAAACUAUUAUUUCCGUAACCUCACCAAUCAACAAACAGCGAAUAACGUUAAAAUCAUCGAAACAAAAAAAAAACCACAAAAAACCAUAGGCAAGGAAAACAUACACAUGACUUGGACACUAAAACACUCACUAACAGAGAAGCUUAAGGGGCACGCUUCUGUUCUUUUCUACAAAAACCCAAAACCCCAACCGAGUAAAAUUCCCUUCUCUCGUAUCCUUUUUCUGAAAAAUCGAUUAAGGAAAUUGCCCCAAAGAAGAAAACCCGAGGAAAAGUAAUUUCCUUUUCUGAUUCGACAAAAAAAUUCCCAAAAUGUGCAACAAUCAAGAUUCGAUUCUUCCAUUGAUAGAUAUAGGACUAGAAGGAGAUUCAUCGAGGACGAGGGCGUUAUGUCAUAAUCUUCCACCUGGUUGCCGAUUUUACCCUUCCAAAGAACAGCUUCUUACCCAUUAUCUCACCGGGAAAAACAACUCCGUCGCCGCCGAUCGUGCUGAUCUGUACGGCUACGGUUUGAUAAAGGAGCUUAAUUUGUACGAUUACAAGCCGUCUGAUUUACCGGAAGGUGCGUGCUUUGUGUAUGGAUCUCAGGGGAGGAAAAGGCACUGGUUUUGCUAUACGGAGAGUAGAGGAGGGAGCAGGAUGUGGAGAAGGGCAAAGGGAGGGUUUUGGUGUAAAAUAGGAAAAGUUAGGGAUGUGGUUGAUGGAGGAAAUGUACCAUUGGGGACUAGAAAUAAAUUUGUAUUUUAUGAAGCUAAGUCAGUUAAGACAGCAGUUAGGACUCCUUGGAUCAUGUAUGAAUAUGCCCUGCCUCAUCAUCUGAAGGCUUCUUUUGUCCUAUGCCGAGUAUUUUUCAAAUGCCGAGUAUCAGAGAAUGUUUUAAGUAGUUGUGCAGAAGAAAGUGUUUCAGCUCUACCUCACAUCGAUAUUCAGCAUGAUCUUAGACCUGACAUUCUUGAAUCUGAAAGUAAUGGUGAUGACUUCACUAAAGAGCUAGCUGAUCCAAUAGCAACUAGACCUGUUUCUCUUGCCAGUUUUGAGUUUCCUUCAGGCAACCCACCAGACACGCCCAAUGACCUGGUGGGAGCUCAGCUAACUACCAAUGAGUUAUUGUCAAUUAUAGAAGAAGAUUUCAUAGAGUUGGAAGAUCUCAGUUGAAGGUGAUACACACCAUAAAGAAAAUAGCAGCAGUUACCUCAGAAAUAGCAAGAGAAUUAUAUACGUAUUCAAGAACCUAAUAGGAAACAAGAAUUUUCAAAUCUGAAUAGAUAGAAAUCUAAUGGCUGGAUCACUCACCUUGUCAAUUAUAGAAGAAGAUUUCAUAGAGUUGGAAGAUCUCAGUUGAAGGUGAUACACACCAUAAAGAAAAUAGCAGCAGUUACCUCAGAAAUAGCAAGAGAAUUAUAUACGAAUUCAAGAACCUAAUAGGAAACAAGAAAGUUUCAAAUCUGAAUAGAUAGAAAUCUAAUGGCUGGAUCACUCACCUUGUCAAUUAUAGAAGAAGAUUUCAUAGAGUUGGAAGAUCUCAGUUGAAGGUGAUACACACCAUGAAGAAAAUAGCAGCAGUUACCUCAGAAAUAGCAAGAGAAUUAUAUACGUAUUCAAGAACCUAAUAGGAAACAAGAAAUUUUCAAAUCUGAAUAGAUAGAAAUCUAAUGGCUGGAUCACUCACCUUGUAAGGUCAUUUUUCAUUCCUCUUUGCUGGUAAGUGCUUGGACUGAUAACAUUCAUGUAAGUUUAAUAAAUUUAUCUGCUUGCUCACCAUGCAGGCUGCAUUCAUGUGACUAAUAUCAGGAAUUUUGCUUCAGAAGAAUUUGAGUUAUCAAGAAGCUAUGCUUCAGACGAAUCAAAUUAGCACAAGUUUUUCCUUCAGAAGAAUUAAAUUAUCAGGAAUAUUUGUUUCAGAAGAAUAAGUAUGUGGUACAUUGGACGGGUCAGACAAAUUUCAACAUCAGAUGUUUCAGCUGGCUUCCAUGUUCUCCUGUUUCUCUGAUGAUGAUGGGUGGAGAAAUAUUUUCCACUCACUUCUCAAAUGCCUUCACUUGGCAAUGUUUUUCUCCUCCUAGCCUGUUCUCUAGUGUGUUUCUGAACUUUCUUACCGCAGAGGUGCAAAAAACUGCCUAAAUAAUGCAGAUUUCCUUUCCCAUCUUGGUUUGUAAUCUACUUUGAGCCAACUGCUGUGGUAGAAUAAAUACUAGACUGCUGGAUCUAAAUAAAUUAGGAAGAAACUGUUUUGACUUUUGAAUUGUAUAUUUACUGUUCUUUCUAUGCUGCUUUGAGAAAGUUCUGUUGCUAUCAUCUGAAUCGAUGACAGGGCUGCUAUGUGGUCUUUGGUGUUGGGCUGUUUGGUUGAAUCUGCUAAAGCCUGGCAUUGAUUGUAGGCAUGGAAAAAUUGCAGUUGCUUGAUCUAAAAGCUAAGUUUCAGUGGCACUGAUUGAGCAUCCGCGAUGGUUGGUGGCUGACGAAGGUAAAACUUAAAAAAGAUGAAACCGUAAUUUUUCAUAUUGCUUUUUUAUAAAUGUUGGAAAGAUUCGAGGGUGUUUUUAGUUUCCCGUUUUCUGUAUUUUGAAAAAAAAUUUUCCAUUUUCGAUUUCUUGAAAAUGCAUUCGGUGAGAAAAAAAAUCAAAAUUGUUUUCAGAUAAAAGACUAUAAAUCCCAAGAAAUAGAAAAAUGGCUCGGUAAGUCUUGAGUCUACAAAAUUUCAACAACUAUUAUCUAGUGCUUGCCUACGUCGUUUUCUCUUAUUACAACUUUUCUUCCCUUCUUGAAUUCGGAUGAACUUUGGGCAUUUCCUACAAGGCUGAUAUCAGCCAUCAAAGGUAUGUUCUGUACCCAACAUUUCAUCUUCUUCUGCCUGUCUAGCUAUAACCUCCAAGCUUCAGCCCUCGUCCUUUCCUUUUUUGUUUUUCUUUUUUUUUCAACGCUCCGGAAUCAAGAUGCGUGUUCAUUUCCCCGUAUAGAACAAGUACAACAAGGAACAAAAAUUUCUUCUACCAAGUUUCUCUGCUGUUUCAUUUGUAAUUUCCUUCUGUAUUUUUGAAAAGUCCAUGUUCUAAUUCUAUGGGCACGACCAGGUUUUAACUUCAUUAUCUUGCCCACAAGUGUCUUACCCCCUUUUUUUUUUGGUCCUCAAAACCAAUAGAACUCAGGACGCUUCUC